AUGCUGUGGAUAAAGCUACUAGUGUUUUUGGCUAUAUCUCAUUUUGCCCAGGCUUUUAAUGAAAUUCAGUUUCCACAAUUUAACGACCCCAUCCGAUUUCAUCAUAGCGAUGAUUCUUCACCCUUGAACAAAUCCUCGAUAACGCCCAAAAUCACUCAUUAUGACACACGAAAAGAUGCAUCCUCAGAAGGUUUACAGGAGUUUACACCUAUUCGAGAUACUAUUUUACAAUCUCAAGUCAACUAUUAUUCAUUCAGUGUUAAUUCAUCUUCGGGGUUGGGUGAAUACUAUGAGCUUUUGAUUUUCUUAUCGGGAAAUAUAUGCACACAGCCGGAUAAUAUCGAAGUCAAUGAAACAAGUCUUGCUGUCUAUUACUCUUUCAAUUCCACAAUGUUUCAAAAUAACGAAGUUGGCGAGAUGGAAUUGUUUGAAAAUGGGUAUUUUCAAGCAUUGGCAGAUUUGCCCAUUGAGCCCACAUCCUCGACAACCACUACUAGCUCAGGAACAGGUGCUGCUGGUGCUGCUGGUGCUACCACUCCAGCUGUGGCUAAUGCAAAUGAUGAAAAAAUACUAUACAUUGCAGUUAGAGCUCCGCAGAAUACAAAUGUUACUGCGUCGUGGACGUACCAGAUUGGUGUUUCGCAAAAUGACUUGGUUUUCCAAUGGGAUGAUCGUUCGUUUGGAAGUGUUGUGGACACUGAUGAUAAUCUGGCCUUGAUUGUGACAAACAAUUUGACUGUGUACGACGGAGACUCUGACUCGCUAAAUACAUCAGACUCAAAGUAUUCCCUUUAUAUUUAUUCAUACGAGGAUAAGGAUUAUUUUGCUGGGAUGAAUAAUAGUUGGUGUGCAGUGCGAAACGGACCAGCAUUGAUGGGACCAUGGAAUAUUGAAAAUUCUUAUACUACAAGAAAUGGAGGUUUGCAGCAGCAGUUUAUGAUUCAGGGUUUGAAUGAGCUGACUAAAUAUGUGGCGUACAUUGUUGCUGAUUUCGAAGGAACAGAUUUUGGUGGUGCGGUAUACCAUCCAUUUGAGUUUGAGACAAUGACCAACACAGCGUGUGAGUUGAUCUAUGACUUGUCGUUUUGCGAUCGCGUGGCAUACAGUGUACCAGCGCCAGGUGACCCGGAAUAUAAUGAUGACAAAAGUACAAUAAAGGAGCUUUACGAUGACUAUGUAAAGGGGUUGUAUACGAACUUUUCCAAAGCAUUGCAACAGGUGCCAUGUGAUACUGUUCCCGAAGCAAUAUAUUCCAAUUUGCGAACGUGCGAAGAUUGUGCAGAGAGCUAUAAGAAUUGGCUCUGUGCCGUAUCGAUACCAAGGUGCAAUACUAAAAAUGUGACCAAAGGGUAUGUGCUUCGAAAUCUGACAAAUCAGAGGAAUGAUUUCAUCAAGCAUACUAUAAAUCCAAGCCAGGAUUACUACGAGGUUCUCCCUUGUGUCAAUGUGUGCCAUGCCAUUGUUAGAGACUGUCCUGCUGACUUUGGAUUCAUGUGCCCGACAAAGAACGAGAGUGUGAGUUUGAGUUACUAUUGGGAUACGUUUGAUAAUGAGCAAUGGCCAAGUUGUAAUUAUGUUGGUAAAUUUGCUUCACAAAGUAGUAAUGCUGUCAAGUUACUAGCAAAUUGGGUAUUGAUGGUCAUGGUCCUUUCACUUCACUGGUUAUAG